AUGACUUUUGCCAAUGUUAUUAUGCUGUACAAACAUUAUUUUGUAGGAGGACUAUAUCCACCCCAUGACUCCGCAUCUCUUCCUCCACCACCGCCACCACCGCCGCCUGAUCCACCUCCACCACCGCCGCCUGAUCCACCACUGCCACCUCCACCUCCGCCACCGCCACCUCCGCCACCUCCGCCACCUCCGCCACCGCCACCUCCGCCCCCUCCACCACCACCGCCACCACCUCCCCCUCCUUUGCCUUUUUUGCCAGUGUCAUUGUCGUCUCCACCAGCUCUACCACCGUCAUCAUCACGGCCUCCUCCCCCGGUGUCACCGUCGUCUUCACCAUCUCCUCCCUUGUCCCCGCCGCCAUCUCCCCCGUGUCCCCGCCAUCUCCUCCGGUGUCAUCGUCGUCUCCGCCCGUGCCAUCUUUGUCUCCGUCUGUGUCACCUUCGUCUCCCCACGCUUGUGGUCACCUCCCGAAACGCUAGUUCCAUUGUCAUCUUCUCCUCCACCACCGUCGCGGUGGGGGGAGUGGCGAUACAUUGUUGA